AUGGCCCCUCUUAAUAUCAACAGCACCUUCAAACUUCCCAGCGGCUAUUUAAUGCCACGGUUGGGAUUCGGGGUGUAUCAAACACCUCCCAAGGAAACCGCUCGUUGUGUCACAGAAGCCUUUGCAGCAGGCUAUCGCCAUGUCGACUCAGCAGCCGCCUACCGCAACGAAGCCCCCUGCGGCGAAGCCAUCCGCGCAGCCUCCCCCUCCAUCCCGCGCGACCAAAUCUUCUUCACCUCCAAGAUCCCGCCUCAAAAAAUGGGCUACCAAGCCACCGCGUCCCAGGUCGACGAGUCCCUCGCCAAGUCCGGGCUGGACUACAUCGACCUGAUCCUGAUCCACGCGCCGUUUGGCGGAUCCGCGCAGCGGAAAGGGUCCUGGAAAGCGCUUGUUGAGGCUGUGGAGGCGGGCAAGGUGCGCAGUAUUGGGGUGAGUAAUUACGGGGUGCAUCAUCUUGAUGAGCUAGAACGGCAUAUUGCUGAGUUGGAGGAGGAAAGAGGUGGGAAGGGGAAGGGGGGCGUGGUUAGUGUGGGGCAGUGGGAGAUUCAUCCGUUUUGUCGGAGGCAGGAUAUUAUUGAUUGGUGUACGCAACGUGGGGUGGUUGUGCAGGCGUAUUGUCCGCUGGUGCAGGGCGAGCGGUGGGGUGAGCCUGGGCUGAAGAAGCUGGCGGCCAAGUAUGGGAAGAGUGAGGCGCAGGUGUUGAUUCGGUGGAGUUUGGAUAAGGGGCUGGUGCCGCUGCCGAAGAGUGUGACGCCGGCGAGGAUUGUGGAGAAUGCGGAUGUGUUUGAUUUUGAGUUGAGUGAGGAGGAGGUGGCAGGGCUUGAAACGGGGGAGUACACGCCGUGUACCUGGGAUCCGACGGUGUCGCCGCUGGAUGAGUGA